AUGACUGGACUUCUUCAGCUGUUGUUACUGGUCAGCGUGACCGUGGUCUCCGAGCCAUCGUGUCCAGCAUGUUCCAAAUACGACUACGAGGAAAAGGUGCUCGAGAGAAUGAUCCGCAUGGAGUUCGCUUUUGAGAAAGUGUUAAAGGAAAACAAGGCUGUGAGCAAAACUGUUGAGCAAGACCUAACGCGGAUCAAGGAAGAAAACGAACGUUUGCACGCGACCGUUGAUGCCUUAAAGGAUCAACAGGAGCAAGAGGAACGAAGGCUGGUUUCGCUCAUGGAGGAAGUUGAGAGAAACCAGUCCAGCACACUGGAAAAGAUUGUUUCUGAUUCUAACAAGACAUUAGAACAAACUUUUGCCGCCUUCAAUGAUAUAAAAGCAUAUGGAGUAUCAAAUUGCUACUCCACUGGUGUACUUCCACGCUCACUCUCCACAUACCAGCACCCUGGACACCAGGGCAACGGCUACAGUGCCACCACGGGCAAGUUUACCGCUCCAGCACGGGGACUAUACUUGUUCCUUAUGCACACAUGUACGCCUUCACAUAAAUAUGUUUUUCUUCAGAUAGUAAAAGAAGGUUCUGUCCUCAUUUCAAGUGGCCAGUAUGACACUGACAGUCAUACCUGUUCUAGUAGUCAGGUGUUUGUACAGCUUGAUGCCGGGGAAACUGUCUGGGUACAAUGCACCAGUGGGAGCUCGAACAGACAACUGUAUGAUAGUCGUCUUUACGGUUGGACCAGUUUUGGUGGUGCUCUCAUUCACAACUGA